AUGGCGUCGCACUUUAGCGGUGUGCUGCAGUUGACCGAUCUGGAUGAUUUUAUCACCCCCUCUCAGGAAUGUGUCAAACCUGUGAAAGUAGAGAAGAAACAAGGUAAAUCUGUGGCCAAAAUUCAAAUAGAGGAUGAUGGAAGUUACGUCCAAGUCAACCAGGAUGGUGGGAAGAAGAAGCUGGAGAGAGCAAAGAUCACACUGAACGACUGUUUGGCCUGCAGUGGCUGCAUCACCUCAGCUGAGAGCGUCCUCAUCGCGCAGCAGAGCCACGAGGAGCUUUUGAAAGUGCUGCAAAACAACAAGGCCGACGUGACUGAUCAGAAGGUUGUGGUGGUUUCGGUGUCACCACAGUCCAGAGCCUCCCUUGCAGCACACUAUAACCUCAGCAGCAGCGAGGCAGGCGCAAGACUUACUUCUUUCUUCAAAAGCAUUGGGGUUCAUCAUGUGUUUGACACCAGCUUCAGUCGGACCUUCAGCCUGCUGGAGAGUCAGAGAGAGUUUGUGGAGCGGUUACAGAGGAAAGAGCAGGACAGCAAAGCCCUGCCCAUGCUGACAUCGGCCUGUCCAGGUUGGAUAUGUUAUGCAGAGAAGACCCAUGGGGAGUUCAUUCUUCCAUACAUUAGCACCACUCGCUCCCCCCAGCAGAUGAUGGGUUCACUGGUUAAAGGAUAUUUUGCUGAGCAACAGGGUCUGAGUCCACAGCAGAUCUAUCACGUGGCAGUAAUGCCCUGCUUUGACAAGAAACUUGAAGCCUCGAGGUCAGAUUUCUACCUGAACAAAGCUGAGACCAGAGAAGUAGACUGUGUCAUCACCUCUGGAGAGGUUCAGAAAAUGCUGGAGGAGAAGAAUGUGUCCCUUAAUGAUGUGGAACCUGCAGCCCUGGAUACGAUGUUCAGUAGUGUUUGUGGAGAUGAGUUUCUGAGCCAUGCAGGGAGUGGUGCAGGCGGUUACCUGCAUCAUGUCUUCACCUAUGCUGCAAAGCAGCUGUUGGGAGAGGAAGUGAAGGAACUCACCUACAAGACCCUCAAGAAUAAAGACUUCCAGGAAGUGACUCUUGAGAAGGAUGGAGUGGUCCUGCUCUCAUUUGCUUCUACGUACGGCUUCCGCAACAUCCAGAAUCUGGUGCAGAAACUCAAGAGGGGCAAGUCGCCUUAUCACUUUGUGGAAGUUAUGGCCUGUCCAUCAGGUUGUCUAAAUGGUGGUGGACAGGUGAAGGCCUCACCUGAUCAGAACCAAAAGGAGCUCCUCCAGAAGGUUGAGGAGCUCUACAAGGCAGAGCGCCCCCAGUUGCCAGAAGACGAUACUCGCGUCGCUGAGCUGUAUCAGUCCUGGCUCCACAGUGUGGGGGAGGAGAGGGCCAAAGAGCUGCUGCACACCCAGUACCACACAGUGGAGAAGAUGACCAAUGGACUCACUAUGAAGUGGUGAUGAGUGAAAACAGAGCCGUUCGUCCACAAAUGACAUUUUAUGUCUCAACAGCGAAAGAAACUUUGUUUUACAUGGACAAAGUGGAAUAUAAGCAGAUUUGAUGUGUGCCAGCAAUCUUUUAAACCACUUUUCUCUGUGUCCAAAACCUGAGCACCUGGCACUGUGGAAGAUCACGGCAAAGAUAAUAGAAACAAUGCUGUGCCAAACUGAAUUAUGUGUAUGAUGAUGUAGUACUGAUGACUGAUUGUGCUCUGAAAUGUACGAAUAGUAAAUAAUUAUUUUGUGUGGCACCUGUUACACUUUGGAAAUGGGAGCUGAAUUAAUACACAGCAGAAUCAUUCCUUGUGUAUUUAACCUAAUGAUUAUACAUAAAUAUAUAUAUAUAUUUUCGAGAAACUUUAUUUAAUUGUAACCAUUUGUUCGUGAGAAUCUGUCCAACACAAUAAA